AAACAUCUCUGUAAAUCAACCAUGAAAUAUUUUAUUAUAAUGACCGUAGCUGCUAUAGCUAAUGCAGCGAGUUUAGACAAUGUGUACCUACCGUCUAACAUUGACCCAGCGGGCAAUGAGCCAUCUCGAACGUAUCUAACCCCUACUCAGGGUGCUCCGCCAUCUCGAACGUUUCUCAGCCCUACUCAGAACUAUGCCCCGACUCCCUCGGCGACGAGUCAUCAAUCUCAGAUACUGAAAUUCGAGAACGAUAUGAAUGAAAAUGGUUAUCACUACGCAUACGAAACUAGUGAUGGGACAAAGGUUGAAGAGAGUGGUCGAGUGAUUCCUGGAGCUCAACCUGAUGAGGGUUCCUUACAAGUAGAAGGUUCAUAUUCCUAUGUGGGUGUAGACGGACAAACGUACUCCAUCACAUAUACUGCUGAUGAGAAUGGUUACCACGCGACUGGGGACCAUCUGCCCACGCCCCCACCUAUACCGGAAGCCAUAUUGAAGAGCUUGGAACUAACUGCUGGAAGUGGAGGUCAGUACGACAAAAAGAAAAGCAGUUACGACGCAGACGCUGGCUACUAA